CUAAAUUUAGUUAUAACAUAUUUAGUUUUCAAGUGGACCUGUUGCAAAUCUAACUAAAAAAAAUUUGAAUUCAACUGUUGUACUUUAUCAAAUUCAGUUAUUGAGUGGUUAAUAGAAAAUGGCUUCAGAAAAAUUUAACAAUAAGUUGGUCAAACAAUAUUUAAGUGAGAAUCUAUGUGAUUUAAGUUGUUUGGAGUUGUCUAGUGUUCCAGUGCAAGCCAUUAAGCAAAUUACAUAUAUAACAAUGCUAGACCUGCACAAAAACCGUUUGGUAAAACUUGGAGAGGACUUUGCAAGCCUUUACAAUAUUAAGAAAUUAGACUUAAGCCAUAACGCAUUGACUUACUUGCCUCAUAACUUCGGCGAUUUGAUUAAUUUAACUUCACUUAGUCUAUAUAGUAAUAAUUUGUUGGAUCUACCAGCCAGUAUUGGAAAACUCAAAGACUUACAUUUCUUAGACCUGCGAGAUAACGCUUUUCAACAUGAACUAGACGUGAUAGUUGGAACAUGUGGAUCAGUUGUAGAAUGUGAAAAAUGUGCUACCAGAGUUGUACAAUACUUUAAUAAUAUAUCUAACCAUUUAAACAAUAUGCUAACUCUAAAAGAUUCUAAUCAAGCAGAUAUGGUAUAUUAUAACAAAGAAGAUUAUAAAGAAGAUCCUGGUUACAUUUGUAUUUCAGAAACAGAUGACAACUGCAGCGAAAUUUCUAUAAGCGAUAUGUCAAUUGAUACUGACACAGAAUUUGAAGAGGAUGUUGCAUCUUACCAAAUAGUAAAAAAAACAUCAAUUUUGUAUAUAAAAACUGAACAUCGAACUCGAAUGCAUUGUGAGAGCAAUGACACUCCCAGAAACUCAAAAAAAAGUGGUUCUGAAUCUGAUGACGAUAGUUUUCAGGAUGUUUCAUCUACCGAAACUGAAUCAAAGGAAUCUCUUCAACAAAUAACUACAGAUAAUUGCACUGACAGUGUCCAGGAUGAAGAUUUCUGUGGUAAUGACAAUUUAAUUCAAUGUGUUAUAGCUGAACAGCAGGAAAUAGGUGAACUGAAAACACAAAAUUCAGUUAAGAUAGUAAAACCAUAUUGGGGCAAAAUGUUCGUUAAAUGGUUUUCAAUUAGUUUAAUCGCAGGAUUUAUCUUUAUUGCGACUUACUUCAUCUAUACUAUAAGCUCAGAUUUUUAUUCGAACAAAUCCUUUUCAAAUCUUUCUGAUAAAGAAUUCAACUGGAAUUCUCCGAAAUUGGUACAUGAGAAAAGUGAAAAACACAGCAGAGAAUCACAAAUUCAGGAGGUGCACGAGGAAGAGCUACAUUCCAAAGGAAAAACUUUAAUGGACAAAAUGUUUUUGAAAAGUGAAGAAACUCCAACAGCAACAUGGUUCGAAAGAAUAUUAUACGCAUGUAUCGUAGUUACUGAGUUCAUUUAAGAUAUCUUGAUGAAUCGUACAAUGUUUUGUAGUAAAUAGUUUGAAAGCAAAAAUUGUUAUAGAGUUAUUAAAAUUUAUAUAUUUUGAAAUUCAUGGUUUCAUUUAACAAUAAAAAUUGACAACUGU